UCUGUGGUGAAGGGCCGGUGAGGUGAGCUACUGAAGACUGCUGAUUGUGCUGCUCUGAUGACCUUGGAAGCGCAGCUCUUGGAGGAGAAAAACACGGAUUAACUGCUCAGCAAACCAUGCAGGAUGAUUUACUGAUGGACAAAAACAAAGCCCAGGCUCACCAACAGCAAGAUCCGACGCAAGUAGACCCUCCUCCCUCCACCCCGACCCCGUCAUCUGAGCUCACUUCUUCAUCGGAGUCGGAGAGCCCGUCGACCGGGAGCAACCAAGCGGCUUCAGCGCUGAACAGCAGCAGCAGCAGCAACAAGGACAAAGUGCCGAUGGAGUCGCCAAUCCUGCCCGGGUUGAGCUUCCACCACCAGCCGCAGGAGACCGGCGGCCCCCUUUCCUCCCCGUCCUCCUCUUUUGGGAGCACUUGGUCCACGGGAACCACAAACGCCGUGGACGACAGCUUUUUCCAGGGAAUACCCUCGGUGAACGGGACGAUGCUUUUCCAGAACUUCCCCCACCACGUCAACCCGGUCUUCGGGGGUAAUUUCUCCCCGCAGAUCGGUCUGGCUCCCCAGUCCCAGCAGCAUCAACAGCAAGCCCAGCAGCCGCAGCAGCCGCCGCAGCAGCAACCCCCCCAGCCCCAGCAGAGGAGAUCCCCUGGCAGCCCCAGCCAAGGCCCCUUCCCCCAGAGAAACGCUUAUCAGACCAUCAUGAAUAACAGCAAGGGAUCAUCGUCGUCGUCUUCUUCUUCUUCUUCUUCCUCGUCGUCCGCUUGGAAUAAUCACCAAAACGCCGCAUGGAGCACAGCCUCCAACCCCUGGAGCGGGCUGCAGGCAGGCAGGGACCCGCGCAGAGCGGUGGGCGUCGGGGUAGGUGUCGGAGUCGGCGUCGGGGUGCCGUCACCCAUGAACCCCAUCUCCCCCAUGAAAAAGCCCUAUACUAGCAACGUUAUAGCACCCCCCAAGUUUCCAAGACCAGGUCCCCUCACCUCCAAGCCCUGGAUGGAGGACAGCGCCUUCAGGACUGACAACAGCAACAACAUACUGCCUUUCCAGGACCGGAAUCGGCCCUUUGAUGCUUUUAGCUUGCACUCUUUGGAGAAUUCCUUAAUGGAUAUGAUAAGGACUGACCAUGACAAAGGUAAACCACACCUUGCCGGUGGCCCACCAAUGACUAUCGCUGAUAUUAUAUGGAGGAAUCAUUUUGCAGGACGCAUGGGCCUCAACUUUCAUCAUCCUGGAGCCGAGCACAUAAUGCCAUUGAAUACCCGGAGCUAUGGCCGCAGAAGAGGUCGCUCCUGUCUUUUCCCCUUUGAAGACGGUUUCCUCGACGACGGUCACGGGGACCCCACCUUGACCCCUGGCCUGAACUCGCCCACCCGCUGUCAGAACGGAGAGAGGAUGGAGCGCUACUCCAGGAAGGUCUUUGUCGGAGGCCUCCCCCCUGACAUAGACGAAGACGAAAUCACCAACAGUUUCCGUCGCUACGGGCACCUGGUGGUAGAUUGGCCCCACAAAGCUGAGAGCAAAUCCUACUUCCCACCUAAAGGAUACGCCUUCCUGCUCUUCCAGGAAGAGACUUCUGUCCAGGCCUUGAUUGACGCCUGCAUCGAGGAGGAUGGAAAGCUCUACCUGUGUGUGUCCAGUCCCACCAUCAAAGACAAACCGGUCCAGAUCCGUCCCUGGAACCUGAGCGACAGUGACUUUGUCAUGGACGGCUCCCAGCCUCUGGACCCCCGCAAGACCAUCUUUGUUGGGGGAGUGCCACGGCCUCUGCGUGCAGUGGAGCUGGCGAUGAUCAUGGACCGGCUGUACGGAGGUGUUUGCUACGCCGGCAUCGACACUGACCCCGAGCUCAAAUACCCGAAGGGCGCGGGCCGCGUGGCCUUCUCCAAUCAGCAGAGCUACAUCGCUGCCAUCAGCGCUCGCUUCGUUCAGCUGCAGCACAAUGACAUCGACAAAAGGGUGGAGGUGAAGCCGUACGUCCUGGACGACCAGUUGUGCGACGAGUGCCAGGGGGCGCGCUGCGGGGGGAAGUUCGCCCCCUUCUUCUGUGCCAACGUCACCUGCCUGCAGUACUACUGCGAGUACUGCUGGGCCAGCAUCCACUCGCGCGCCGGCCGAGAGUUUCACAAGCCACUGGUGAAGGAGGGCGGCGACCGCCCCCGACACGUGUCCUUCCGCUGGAGCUGAGGGGGGGUCCCCGAGUCAGCCCUGCCCCCCAGGGUGAACCCACACCCGACCCCUAAAAAAAACAACAACCUCCUACCCUACAGGCUGGGACAGCGCUGCAACACCCCCCUCACGCACACACACACACACACACACACACACUCUCCCCCCCCACCCACUCCGCCCUGCUCCCCACAAACACCUCAUGAAAAUAAGCGGAAAGGAUACGGUCAAAUAGAUGGGACUCUCUUCAUCCCACAUGGCUCUGAACUCAUUCAGUCUAUGGUUCCCCUCUGAUGAAGCAUUGUGGGGGGGAAAUGAAAUGCGAACGUCUAUCAGCUUAGAAAUUGCACUUUGGCACAAAGUCUCACUAAACACACACACACACACACACACACACACACACACACACACACACACACACACACACACACACACACACACACACACACACACACACACACACACACACACACAGGAUGGGAUGUAGGACACCUGUCUCAUUUUCAGUUCCCCGUUCUGUUGACUGGGUUGGUGUGGUACGUCCUGUUGGACCCCUCCUCACUGAGAAAGAGGUGUGGGACCAUAGGAAUAUUUAAAAAGAAGAAAGAAAAGAAAAAAAAAAAAAAAAGGUAUAUAUAUUUUUUGUUUUGUACUUAUCUAUACAUGUAUAGAUAAUUUAAAUUUGAUGUAAAAGGAGCAUGCACUUAUUUUCAAAAGCUGUAGUUAUAUCGCCCCUACUAUUACACAAAAAUAAUUACCAAAGGCAAAUGAAAUUAACGCGUACAGAAAAAGCUAAAUAGGUGGCAUAAGAUGUAGCAAGACUUAACAGCUAUCCAGUAGUGUGGGCCCGUAUCGCCCAGAGUAAAAAAAAUAAAAAUAAAAUAACACGGCUAUAUUCACUCUCAA